UAGACAUGCAUGUGAAAACAACGACGAGCUUCGCUGCAACCUCUCCUGUGCAAUUACCUCGCGGUCUGUCCAACGGCUUAACCUAACACAUCCGCACCUUCGCAUGACGCCGGUCUAGCUUCAAAGCCGACUCCACCCGCGAGCGUUGAUUGCCCCGGCGCAAAUCUUUAUCUGCCCUGUUCCGACGACAUUUGGAAUUGAAGAGUCAAACACUGCCGUCGCUGAAACAUGGUGACCAAUAGCGAGGGCCCCCCGACGACUGGGGUUUCGGGCCGCAACAAAGCGGGUUUAGUGGACAAGGACAAGGAAGCUGGGGAUGAGGAGCAAACCUCCAGAUUCUCGCCUAAAGAGGAAGCGGACAUGGUAGCCGAGUCCAACACGCUCAAGGUCGAGGCAAACACGCUCUUUAAGUCGGGCAGCGUUGAUGCGGCCAUCAACAAGUACGUCGAGGCCAUAGCGGCUUGCCCUACCUAUCUAGAAUACGAGCAGGCCGUGCUCCAGUCCAACCUUGCCGCCUGCCACCUGAAGUUGGACGAGUGGAAGGAAGCCGCCGACAACGCCACCGCGGCUUUAGACUCUCUCGACCGCCUAGAACGGGAGGAAAAGGAGAAGAGUGCCGAACAGGCCAAAGCGGAGGCUGACAGCAACGACGUCGAGGCCGAGAUAAUCAGCGCGGGCGCUGCCAAGGCUGGCCCAGCCAUAGUGAAGCCCGACGAAGACCCAGCCGAAGCUGCUCGCCGGAAGCGCCAGGACGACGUUGCGAGGAUAAGGUCCAAGGCGCUGAUGCGGCGGGCGCGGGCAAAGAGCGAGCUGGGUGGAUGGUCAAACCUGGAAGGCGCCAUUUCCGACUACAAGCGCCUGGCCGCCAUGCCUGACUUGAGCGCCGUGGACAAGAAGAUUGUCCAAUCUCAGCUCCGGGUGCUGCCGCCCCGGGCCAAAGCCGCCCAGGAUCAAGAGACUGCCGAGAUGUGGGGGAAGCUGAAGGAGCUGGGCAACGGGAUCCUCCGGCCUUUUGGCUUGAGUACCGACAGUUUCCAGAUGAACAAGGACGAGAAGACGGGCGGGUACAGCAUGAACUUCCAGGGUGGGGGUCCCGGCGGCGGCACCGACAAGCCGUGAGGGGGUUAGGAGUGUCUCCCGCCCCUUUUCUGAAGCCUAACAGGUUUGGAUUGCCAUCUCGACAAGAAUACAUCCAUUGCCAAGCCUAUCGUGAGGCUGCCGCUGCGCCGUGUAAAUGAAGUCAACUGUUCCACCGCUCACCAACUUCGCUGUUGGGUUCAAGCAUUGAGUUACAGUUACAAAUCACCUUAUUGCAGCUGGGAUGUACAUGCCAACAUUCCCGCUCAAUAGUACAACAGUGCCUACAAGUCGAGUGGAAAUAAGCAAAUAAAAUGAGCUCAGAAG